GUCGAACCGAACGUCGUCGUUAUAUGGGGAACCUGCCCCGUUGAAACCUCCUCGCGUGGAAAGUCGGAAAUUUUCAAAUUCUGUUACGUAACCUGAACCUGACAGAUCUCGUCGGCUUCUCCAGAACUCGGAGCCGUUUAUUUCUCGAACCGGUUGAAAUGCCGUCUUGACUCAAAGCUCGGUAUGUCGCUCGGUUCCUUGACAAGAGCGCUAUUCAGCAAUUCGGCGAGGAAAAUCGCCCGCGGACUCUCCUCGGGCCAGACUGUAGGGUCUCAUUAUGAUCUGAUUGUGAUUGGUGGUGGAUCUGGUGGACUAGCUGCUGCCAAGGAAGCCGUCAACUAUGGGAAGAAGGUUGCUGUGCUUGAUUAUGUGACACCCUCACCUAAAGGAACAACUUGGGGCCUGGGCGGAACUUGCGUCAAUGUCGGAUGCAUCCCCAAGAAAUUAAUGCACCAGGCGGCUCUGCUCGGCGAAGCAGUCCAUGAUGCCAAAACCUUCGGAUGGGAACUUCCAGAGCUGAGCACUGUGAAAAUUAAUUGGGGAGCCCUUAUCCAGUCUGUUCAGAACCAUGUGAAAAGCGUAAAUUGGGUCACGCGGGUUCUACUCAGAGACAAGAAAAUUGAUUAUAUCAAUGCACACGGUCACCUCGCUGAUCCUCAUACUGUUGUUGCUGUGCUGAAAGAUGGAUCAGAAAAGGCUUUGAGAGCCGACAACAUUGUUAUUGCCUGUGGUGGACGACCAAAUUACACUGAUUUGCCUGGAGCCAAGGAACUGUGUAUAUCCAGCGAUGAUCUUUUCUCACUUACCCAACCACCGGGAAAUACUCUGAUUAUCGGUGCUGGUUACAUUGGACUUGAAUGUGCAGGGUUUUUGCAAGGCCUUGGCUAUCAGACAACAGUGAUGGUCAGGUCAGUCGUCUUACGAGAGUUUGACCAACAAAUGGCUUGCCUCAUAACUGAAGAGAUGGUUGAAAGGGGUGUAAAAUUCUUACACAAAUGUAUUCCUGUAUCGUUUUCCCGUAAACCCAGUGGUGAAAUUGUAGCAAAAUGGAAAGACACCAAGGACAAUUCUGAACACACAGGCGUAUUUGAUACAGUAUUAAUGGCUAUAGGAAGAAAACCUUUGACCAAGGAGUUAAGAGCUCCGGAAAUCGGAUUGAACCUUAGCCAAUCGGGGAAACUAAUUGCAAAUCAAGAAAAGACCAAUUUCAGCAACAUCUUUGCUCUCGGGGAUGUCUUGGAAGGUCGACCUGAACUUACACCCGUAGCAAUUCAAGCUGGGAAGCUUCUAGCAGCUCGUCUUUAUGGAGGCAGUAAAAUUCAAAUGGAUUAUGAAAACGUGGCGACUACAGUCUUUACACCCCUUGAAUAUGGAUGUGUUGGCUUGUCUGAAGAGGCGGCUACUAGUAAGUUUGGAAAGGAAAAUCUUGAGAUCUAUCAUGCCUAUUACAAACCCUUGGAGUUUUUCAUACCUCAACGGAACCCUGCACGUUGUUAUUUAAAAGUGAUUUGUUUGCUUGAACAUGAGCAGAAAGUUAUCGGGAUGCAUUUUUUGGGGCCUCAGGCUGGCGAGGUUAUUCAAGGGUUCGCCGCUGCUAUGAAGUGCGGAUUGACAUACAGUAAAUUAAGCAAUACCGUCGGCAUUCAUCCGACCGUGGCCGAGGAAUUCACUAGGGUUUUUAUCACCAAGCGAUCAGGCAUGGAUCCGACUCCACAGAGCUGUUGUUCGUAGGCUAUGCCGCAGAAAUAGUCCAGCCUUUAGGCUUCAGAGCAAAAACAAAUCACUCAUGAAAUUGAAAUUAGUGUUAACCAGAGCAACUCGAUUUUUAUUAUUAUUAUUGAUUUUUGUUAAUUUUUAUUUUACUGCUAUUGUAUUUUUACAUGAACCUGUAU